GGUUCUGUCUGAAGCCCAUUUAUAUACUUUAUGUAGACCAGGCUUUCUGCUUUACCAUACGCUGUUCUUCCCCCUUUCGUUCCGAAAAUUAGGGUUUACAGGUUACGCAGUGCUCUCCUUCAAUCACCCCCAGUUUGAACAAUGCCUCGCUACGAUGAUCGCUAUGGGAACACUCGUCUUUACGUUGGUCGCUUAUCAUCUCGUACUCGUACCCGAGACCUUGAACGUCUUUUCGACAGAUUUGGAAGAGUUCGCGAUGUGGAUAUGAAGCGAGAUUAUGCUUUUGUUGAAUUCAGUGAUCCCCGUGAUGCUGAUGACGCAAGACAUUACUUGGAUGGACGCGACUUUGAUGGAAGUCGCAUCACUGUGGAGUUUUCCAGAGGGGCACCUCGUGGUUCUCGGGAUUAUGAUAGCAGAGGCCCACCUCCUGGGUCUGGUCGCUGUUUUAACUGUGGUGUUGACGGUCAUUGGGCUCGAGACUGCACAGCAGGGGACUGGAAGAACAAGUGUUACCGUUGUGGAGAGAGAGGACACAUUGAGAGAAACUGCAAAAACAGCCCCAAGAAGCUUAGGAGGAGUGGAAGCUACUCCAGGUCACCUGUAAGAUCCCGUUCUCCUCCUCGUCGUAGAAGAAGCCCAAGCCGGAGUCUUAGCCGAAGCUACAGUCGAUCAAGAUCCCCGGUGAGAAGAAGAGAGAGGAGUGUGGAGGAGAGAUCACGCAGUCCGAAGCGAAUGGAUGACUCUCUCUCACCAAGAGGCCGAGAUCGUAGUCCGGUUCUUGAUGAUGAAGGCAGCCCAAAGAUCAUUGAUGGGAGCCCGCCACCAUCUCCAAAGCUUCAGAAGGAAGAUGGUUCAGACCGUGAUGGUGGUAGCCCCCAAGACAAUGAGAAUGGCAGAAACUCUGGAGCCGGCGGUGACAGCCCAAGAGAGGACCGUAGCCCUGUUGAUGAUGAUUACGAGCCAAACCGUGCUUCCCCUAGAGGAAGCGAGUCCCCUUAACUCUGAUGGCUCAAGGCCUCAGGUUACAGGUGUUAGUAUGUGUACUAUUGGAUCGACCGACUGCUAGAUACUUCUUUUCUCGUUUAAGUGUGUUUGCUUUGGAACCCUUUAAGUUCAUGUUAUCAAGAAUUUUUCUAUCUAAGACAUAAUGUUGGAUGUGUUCUGUUUCAAACAA